UCUGAUAUGGUUCUAAGGACAGAUCGAGAACACAUCUUUGUGGAACCUAGUACAAUAUUAUUUUACCAUGGUGUGAAUAAUCAUCAAAAGGACCAAAGCGCUAGAUCUUUCUAAAAAGGGCGUUAAUUAGAUUAAGACCAUAUAAGCGCGGGCGUUUAUAAACUGUUAUAACAAUAAAGGGAAUGCACAAAUGUUUUUGUACUCGUCCUUCUCCCUCUCUUUUUCCUCCUCCAGAGUGACCUUUACUCCUCGCAACCAAGUUUUGAUUUACAGUACGUUCUUCUUCUUUGUAUUUAACAUUAAAAUGGACUUAGGAAAAUCGUAUUUGUGCCUCCUUAAGUACCUGGAUCUUUUUAUCUAAUAGAGCGUUUUGAAUAGAACGUAGGACCUAGAAUACUGGGGCGUUAGAAAGAGCAGGAGGUUAAAUAAACGAUUUACCGUGUAUCUUUAAAAAGAUAUUGUAAUGGUGAAGCUCAUGAUUGAGGGUUAUUGGUCUCAUUUCUCUGUCAUAUUCUGUGUCAGUCUAGCACGUUACAAAUAUAUUAAACGCUGUACACAUUAUGAUCUCUUUCGCAGUCCAGCUUUGCAAUCUGUGCUUUUUCAAUGUUCCAAAAUGGAUCCUAGGUCUUCUUGAUGGUUUCCUCAGUUUGAAAACGCGACUUACAAGAUAUCCAUCUCGCUACAUCUAGCUACUACUAUACUCGCCCAACGUUUUAGUGAAUAGUAAACAGUUUAGUGAAUAAUAGCACAGAAACAGCGUACCAUUUCUGACAAGGCACAUCUGAUAAGUUGCCUUUGAUCUUAAAGGGCUUUGUAUUCUUUUCUUAGAUAAUAGUGCAGAAGAUAGAUAGCUGGAAACUGACUGACAGCCAGUUGGUAUUGUCAUGGACUAGGUUUUACUCAUUCCAGCCAUUGGGGCUUGUAUAAGUUCCGAUAUAAAAUCAAGACCGUUUUCUACUCUCAGCUCGGUAAAACCGAAAUUUGACAGCUAUCGCGUGUUGAUACCAUGAAUACAAAAUGCAUCACGUGAUAUUUUGACACCUUCCAGUAGCAUAAUAGUUUGCUUCAAAGCGCACAAGCAUAGUAUGGCUGGUAUCCAUCUGUGAAGACAGAAGCUAAUUAAGGUACUCAAGAGUUUCAUACUUUUGAGGUUGAUUAUGUGAUAUUGGGCUCCAAAUUUGCCACACAUUGCUACAGUUCAAGAAUAGUCUCGAGAUGAAAAGACGACCCGUGAGAUCGCUCUUUUUUCUUUUGGUGCUGUUCCUAGCCAAAGACGAGUUCAAGGUCAGGAGUGAGAAGCCAAAUGUUAACAAAUGCGUUGGGCCUCACUGCCAGCACCAAAAAGACAAUAAAUUGCCAGCGGUUAUAAAGACUUUGGAUCUGUCGUUUCAAGGCUUACCCAAGGUACCGAGAAAAGUGCUUGAGGAACAUGCUGAUACCAUCGAGUUUUUGAACCUUGGUGAAAACAAAAUUAAAAAGAUUGAAGCAGGAGAUUUUCCAUACAUGGAAAAAUUGCACACGCUACUUCUUCACAAAAAUCAGAUUAGUGAGGUGCAGAAAAUGAGCUUGGAGUUCCUCCCAAAUCUUCUUGUAUUACGGUUUGAAGAUAAUCUCAUGACAAGAAUUCCCGAACUCAACUCUGCUCUGCAGCUAUAUGAACUUGAUAUGUCAUACAAUCAUCUGACGGAGCUCGAAGGAAGUCAGUUGAAGACUAUCCAUCAUUUGAAAACACUCAUACUGCGAGGAAACAAAAUCACGACAUUGCAUGACAACACAUUCAAACACAACCACAAAAUGGAAGAAAUUGACUUGUCGGAAAACCCGUUAACGACAAUGGGACCUCAAUCGCUUGUUGGACCGGAAAAGUUGAGAAACUUGUUCUUGCGUGGUACAAAGAUUAACAGUCUCCCAGAAACUGGCUUAAAGCACCUGCAUCGCUUGAAUAUAAAGGAUAUACCUAAUAUGUGGACUGUGCCUGAACCAUCUGCUUUUGAUGCCUUAAAAGAAGUAGAUGUCACUUAUUCUGUGCAUUGCUGUCCUUUCCGUGGUUUAGUAGCAGCUGAGAGGAAGCCAAGCAAGGUGAUUUCGUGUGCUGAUUAUCUUGCAAGCUUGAAAUCUGCGCCGUCCACGCCCUCGCCAACUUACGAUGAUGAUUUUGAUGACUUUGACGAUUUUGGCGAUUACGGGUUUUUCGACAACCACGAUCAAAACGAAACAACUGACGCAAGCCCGCAGGCGUCCCAUCUUCGCUCCUCGUCUAGUAACGUGCUAGACAAGCUUCGUGGCAUUGAAGAAUCAUUUAGAAUGGCUAACACCACCUUCCAGCCUCUAUGCAGCAAUACUAACAAGACUGUUAAAUACGUGCCACCAUCACGAAUUGUAAAAUGCCGACCAAAGCCAGAUGCUUUCAACCCCUGUGAUGAUGUCAUUGGCACCACUGUUCUAAGAGUAUUCUCAUGGGCAAGUUCAUUCCUUGCUAUUUUUGGUAACAUCUUUCUACUGCUUGUCCUUUACUGCAACGAAAGUCCACUGAAUGUGUACAAACUUUUGAUGUAUCACCUUGGCAUUGCUAACACAAUCAUGGGUUUUUAUCUCGUAAUUCUAUGCAGCUUGGAUGCUUUCACCUACGGUCGUUACUACAACUUUGUACGGGUGUGGCAGUACAGUGGAGGAUGCAAAGUGGCUGGGUUCCUCGCAGUAUUUUCCACUGAGCUGUCAGUUUGCGUUCUCGCAAUUGUUACGAUAGAGCGUUACCUGCUUAUCGUACACGCAUUGCACAUUCGCAGACAAAUGAAGGUUAUACAUGCAAAAAUUGCGCUAACUAUCGCUUGGACGUACUCUUUUGUCGUUGCUAUCCUGCCAGUAACAGAUGUCAUAAGCAGCUACGAGAAAGUAGCGAUUUGCUUACCGUUCGAAGCUUCGACGGAUGUUUCGAAAGGUUACGUUUUCUGGCUCCUUACCUUCUAUCUGGUGACAUUCGUUUCUGUGGUAUUAGCAUACUUGAGAAUGUAUGCAAGCGUCAGCGGUGCUCCCCCGUGUGCUGGUGUCAACACCGAGUUCAAAGUGGCGAAGCGCUUUUCGAUGAUCAUCUUCUGCAACUUUGGUUGUUGGGUCCCGAUCAGUAUCGCAGGGUUUCUCUCAUUUUUUUCGCGUCUUCCAAUGAACAUCGGUGUCUCGAAGUUUCUGCUGGUCUUUGCAUUUCCCUUGAAUGCCUGCACGAACCCAUUCCUGUACGCCUUCUUCACAAAGAUCUUUAGAGGUGACGUUCUCAAGUUGCUUACAAAACUCGGGCUCAGGAAGAAGUCAUCACAAAAGUGUCAACAUCAGAACCCUGCUUACGUAAGAGGAAGGCAUGGAUCAAGAGCAUCGGAAGGUACCUUUGCUACAAGUGCUGGAAACUCGAGAUUCAGUCCACCCGGUACUCUGAAAUCAACGGUUAAUAGCAAUGGAAAGUCCCCGAGCCACGCAUACAGACAGGCCAGUAAUUCUUCACCGGUGACGUUUCAGAACAGUGCCAAGUCCCCUCCAUGCUGUUACAGAAGUAUCAGUGUUGAGAGUGCUGAAAACAAUACUGCUGCACCAACCCAGAAUCAAGCAGCUGGUGCUGCCCCACCAACGGAAAGACGCACUGGCAUCCAGCGUAUUCUUCACGGUUUAUGGGCUUUAACGAUAGGAAGGAGGAAUCGUAACGAGUCGACAUCAUCAAGCAAAGAACUGUUGUCUUCUUAUGAUCCAGAGAGGUUCAAUCGUAUUCGCAGUGUCAGCGAAGCCGUUGAAAUAGCGUGCCAUGACGAUCAUUUGCUUGGUGAGAAUGUAUACGAUGUUGAGAAGAAUUCCCCACCGACAGAUAUAACAAACCUAUGAUUGUUGAUACUGAUUCAGAGGAUUUUGGAUGAUUCAAUGCCCUGGUAUACUUGUAAGAGAGAACACAGCCUCUUUUGAUGUCGUGACACGUCUGUGUCGGAUGCAAGAUUAAGUGCUACAGUGACCAAAGGACUAAGAUGUGACAACAUUGAGGCACAAAUGCAAGGUGAAGUUUCAGUUGCUCGUCAACUGUCACCAAGGGAACAUUGAAAAAAAUUAAGCUUGGAAGAGCCAAAUUUAGUGGGUUGGCUGCAUUGUUAAAAUGCCUGGAAAUAUUGCUGUUUUGAUGUCAAAGUAAAACAAAGUGGUGGUUGUAGAGGAGUGGAACCCUGUUGCCUUUUGGUCCACAUUUGAACCUUCGUUGGAGACUGAUGAUCAAUCUCAAGGUGUAGAACUCUAUGUCACCCUAAAAAAAGCUAAUUGUAGGGGUAAAUUUGUUAUUUAGCAUGAAAUCACUUAUUAGUGAUAUAGCAGGUUGCAAUUUUCAUAAUUUUCCAAUAGUCUUAAAGCUUCGCUAUAUUGGAUACCCUUGUAGUUCAAAAUUUUACUUUGGCAGCUUCAAGGUGAAUUUCUGUUCCUUAUUCAAACGUGAAUCGAUUAAUUCUCAAACUGAAAAGAUAUCGUAGUGCAUGGAGCAUUUGAAGCGAUUUAUAACAUGCAUGGAUAAUGAGAAAAUUUGUGCUUUUGCGAAGGCGUCCUUACUGUGAUCUUUAGGGUAUUCUCGAAGAAUUCAAGGACAAAGGCUUAAAUAUAAAGACACUAACAUACCAAGAAGAAUUUUAGACAUUGUUGCUUGCAAAAUUAUCUAUUACCCCGAGCUGCUAUCGUAAUUCCAAAGUUGACCUCACCACAGCUACCUAUUAAAUAUUACAAGAGACCCGUUUAUCAAAACCUGUUUUUGGGAUAUUGAAAGCGUUGACGAAUCAAAGCUGUCGAAAAGCUUAAUCUAAUAGUGAACAUCUAAUUGGCCAAAGUUACUUUCAAAAUUUUCAUUUGAGUUUUAGAAUUGUAUAUAAGUGCGUUUGGGGUUUAUAACUUGGCUUGUAGUAAAUUUUUUUUACUUUAAAUAAUUUAUUUUAAGCCUCGCUGUGGGCAAGUGUUUGCAAAUGACGUCAUUGCACUAUCUAAAGCUGCUCUUUCUCGAGCAUUUAUUGUAUUAGAUAUUUCAUCAGGGCAGAUUGGGCUUAUUUGUCCGGUUUUUGACGAUAAUGUGACCUAAGUCAUAUAUAUUUAUUAUAUGAUAUAGUAAUAGCGAGUCUCAGAAUUGUGUGGUUUGAGUUCAAGAGUCGAUGCACGUGUAUUAUGGCUGCCGCUCAACAAAUCUCAAAACAGAUUAUCAAGACGGAGAAAGAAACUGUUUUGGUUCAAUCUUUAAUCAUAUAAAAACUGUUGAAUAUUAUCAAUUGAAUCUGCUUAUUAAAACUGGCGACAAUAAAUCUUCUGCUCAUUUAACCUCAGCAAUGCAUUAAUAAAUGAAGCAUGGCACUUGAUGUAAACAUAUUAAUAUUUCAUCCACAUGGGAAAGUUUAAACAAUAAUUAAUUAGUGAGACGUCAUUUGUUUUCGUAUAACUGCGUUAUUAGUCAGAAAAAUCUGAGCAGUCUUUUCAGAAAGAAGGUGUCUAUUGCUAAAUGGAGCGUAUUGUAACAAAAUAAACAAAAUCUGUGAUUUUUGUUUUGAUCGCAGAGAUUAUUUUAAGUGAGAAAACCGCCUUUCUUUUGUUAUCAGGGUUAUACAGGUUAUUCGCGAUGAUGUCAUUUGCGUAAAAACAUUUUGUCACAAAGCAUAGCUGUUAGUCUAUUUGUUUCGAAGCGGUGUAUUUAUUAGAGCAUGUAAAUGAUGAGAAAAAUUCCUUGUAUGUAAUGUACUUGAUCGUAGUCAUAAGCUUUGGUAAGAGGUCUUUGCCUUUUCUUUUCCAUAGUUUGUAGUUAAGAAUAGCAAUCUGACUGAUAACAAAUUUAGUGUA